UCCGUUUAAAUGUAGUCCACAUAGAUUGUUUCCUGUAGCCUGUUUUCUGUACAGGUUUUAGCAGUUAUGACAAUGAAGAGGAUGCAGAAAAUAAAAUAUCUCAGAGCAACUGGCACAACAACCGAGUUUUGUUGUGUGCCAUUGUGUCCGGUGACUAGCAGGUGCAACAAAUUCCUCAGUUUUUUCAGCUUCCCUGCCGAUGAGGAGUUAAGAAAACUAUGGAUAGUGGCUAUCCGGAGAGCUAACUUAGGCAUCAAAGCUCACACUAGAGUUUGUAGCCGGCAUUUCAAACCUGAGGACAUAAAAGAGCCUGAGAAAGAAAUGGGCAGACGGAGGUUAAAAAAGGGAGCUGUACCUGCUCUCUUUGAGUGGAAUAAUUUCUCCCUUCCAGUCCCGCCACCGGGGGUUUGUGAGACAAGGAAAAGACCACCACCAGAGGACAGUGAGGAGGAGGCUAACCCACCAGCCAGUGUUUGUACUAAGGAACACGAUUAUGCCUCGGCUCCAGACCCUGCAGUUGUGGAUUUGGUGCUGGAGGAAAAUGAUGCUCUCUGGGAGGAAAUUAGCCAACUACGGGAACAGGCGGAGAGCCUUACUCUGAGGCAACGAUUUGGCAUUCACCGUUUUGCAUCAUCGGACAAGGACAUUAGAUUCUUCACAAGGUUUGCAUCAUAUGACCUACUGAUGCGUUUCUGGUCCAUGAUCGAGCCCGCUCUGCCAUCCAUGGUCUGUAUUCGUCAAGGACAGAGAGGAACUGCAAUCGACUCCACUUCCUCAACCCAAACCCUGCAGCCCAUUGAUGAAUUUUUCCUGUUCCUAAAUUACCUGGCCCUUGGAUCCAAACAACGGGAUCUUGCUGACCGUUUUGGUGUCCAUCAUUCCACGGUCAGCUGGAUCAUUACUGCAUGGACCAACUUCCUAUUCACAGUGCUUGGCUCCAUUAGGAUCUGGAUACCUGAGAACCAGAUCCACAGCAGUCUACCUGCUGACUUCAAGGACUACCCCGACACAACAGUCAUCCUUGACUGUAUUGAGCUGAGGUGUCAGUGCCCAUCUUCCCCUAUCCUCUUUUGUAAGAGGUUUUCAUCUUACAAAUCACACUGCACUCUGAAGGGGCUGAUAGGGAUUGCACCACAUGGGGCAGUGACAUUCAUCUCAGGACUGUAUGCAGGGUCCAUCAGUGACAAGCAGAUCACACGUGAAUCUGGUCUACUCACCCUCUUAAAACCAGGGAUGGCUGUCAUGGUAUACAGAGGCUUAAUUAUUGACGACAUUGUACCCUGCAAGGUUUACAGGCCAGCAUUUUUCUUUGGCAGGUCUCAGAUGCCUGCAGGGGAAAUUAGGGAAACCCCCGCCAUAGCACGCCUUGGGUUGCAUGUGGAGACCCUCAUUCACAGAGUCAAAGAGCACAAGUUAUUUGAUUCUGAAAUUCCUCUGGGUGUUCUUGGGAUUAUCAAUCAGCUGUACACUGUUGCUUGUCUGCUCACAAAUUAUGAAAAUGGGUCACUGACAAAGGCUUGGACAAAGAAGGCUGAUGUCUGAGCAACUACAAAAAAUUUAUUCUGUAUUUACUGUUCAUUUUUAAUGUUCUACUUGUACAUAAAAUAAAACUGAAUCUCUUUCAUAAC